AUGACUUGUGCUAAAGUUGAAGAUUAGAAGGAAGCUGAAGCAUCACCUGCUGAGAAAUUUAGAGUAUUGAUAGUCGAUAAAUGGUAUUUAAAAUGUCUAACUAGAACUUUCAUUAUGAAUGGAAAACUAAAGUAUAUUCAUUUAAUCAUUUUAUAGAUAAGCUUAGUAAUAAUAUUUGAAAAUUGAUCCAUCUUCUUAUCAUCCUAGCUUAUAUCAAGUGAUUGUAAUGAUAUGGAGCACUUUUAUCACGCUGCAAAACUUUUGACAUUUUAGCAAGAUUAGAUUUGGAUCUUGAUUAUUAGGAUUCUCUCUUUUGAAUCUGAAUUCGGAGUAUAUUAAAUGGUUAUCGCAUCGAAAGCAACCUUAGUUUAAUUGUUGGAAGUUAUGAACCAAUUGACUGCUCUGUAGGAGAACCCUAAGACUAAAUACAUUAUAACAGCCAUUAAAAAAUGGGGAAAGUAAAAAUCACUGGAAAGUCUGAUCAAUUAUUAUUAUUUUAAUUAUUACGAUUUAUCAUGA